AUGGGAGAAGACAAAAAGAUUACAGGUUAUGUGUCGAAGAUGCAUAAACGUGUCCAUCUCAUGAAGGGUUGUGGUGAAAACCUAACUGAUAAGAUGAUAGUUGAGAAGAUAAUAUAUCUGGUUGGUUCGUUGGAGGCGCAUGAGAUUAGGACUGUCGAAAAGAAAGAAGUUCAAGACUCGAUACAAGCACUACAGGCUCAAUCAUGGAAGAAGAAUAGUGGUUCCAACAAGUUCAAAGGCAAACUCUACAAGACUCAGGGCAAGAAGUCUUGGUCGAAUCCUCACAAGAAUAAGGUCGAUGAUAGAGCUUCUGAAUCCUCAAAAAAGGAGAAGGAAAUUCCUAUGAUAAAUAAAAAAGAGAAGAAAAAAAGGAAAGACAAGGGAUCGACAAAAGGCAAAGACAAAAGAGUGAACCUUGCACGUCAAGAUUCAGAUGAUUCUGAUGAUAUGGUGGUUACGGCUGCAGUUGCAGAUGACCAUGUCGAAUUCAAGAUCUGGUUCCUCGACUCAGGUUGCUCGAAUCACAUGACUGGUCGAAAAUUAUGGUUAGUAGAUUUCAACGAGUUGAAGAAGAGUAAGGUUAAACUUGUUGAUAAUAGCUCGUUGCAAGUUGAAGGUACUGGCAAAAUAGUUAUUCAAAGGAGUAAUAGAGUGAAAGCAUUGAUCAAAGAUGUACUUUAUGUCCCUGGAAUAAAGUGCAAUUUGCUAAGUGUUGGACAACUGGUCGAAAAUGGGUUCUCAGUGGUUAUAAAGAUGGAGCCUUAA